AUCUGAAGUUGAGAAAUGAACGAGUCUCUUCAGAAAGUUAUUCGGUUUGAAUCAUUCGCGUAUGAACCAUCACUACCGAGCAAGGAGCGACAUCAAGAGACACAAAGUGACAGCAGGGGACAGCUGAGGACACAGCGAGCAGCAGCAGACGCCAUGAUCGACCUGAGUUUCCUGACGGAGAAGGAGCAGGAGACCAUCCUGGCUGUACUGAAAAGAGAUUCUGAGCUGAAGAAGGUUGAAAAGCAGCGUGUGCAGAAAUUACAGAGGACUGUGAGUGACACGAGCCAGCUGAGGUACAUGACUGGAGAAUGGUUCUACGAAACCAAGCAGCUUCGUCAUCAGGACCGCAUCCAUGGCUCUGAGAUCAUCAGGGCCUCCAUGAGACAUUCACAGAAACCACUGACUAUAUUGGAGCUCUCCCAGAUAACUCCUGAAAAGCCCAGUUUUGUUGGCAGUGAAAAUAAAGAAGUGUUCAUCCCGCCUGUACUCUGUGGUAUCCUUCUAGAGCCUCACAUAAAGCUGAGCAGUGAAACGUAUCAAAACCAGAAGCCAUAUGAAACAUCACAAGAUACUCCCAAAGCAAUUUUACAGUCACCUACAAAGCAAAGAAAAAAUCCAUUCAACAGUGAUGCCAUUGGGAAUCAAACUUUUGAGGAUCAAAUCCAGACACAGCAGGAGGAUGUCUCUGAGCAGUGUCAUUCAGAGUCCCAAAUCCCUGCACUGUCUGGAUUUCUUUCUGCUGGGCAGGAGUCAGAUUCGCUUCCACUAUCAGCCUCUUCUCUCUCCAACUCAAAGCAGAGGAAAACCAGUGCAUCAAUGACUGUUCUUCAGGAUGAGACAGAAAAUGACAGCACUUUUGAUACCAAUCUGGGUGGGAGAAGAAACACAGGCAGCUCCAUAUCCAACUUAAGUCUCUCCUCUGGAAUGGCCUCAACCUCAUCUGUCAGUGGCAGCAUCAGCAACCUUUACCAUGCAGAAACGGGUGACAUCGAUGUCCAGGGAAGCAUCCACUUUGCAGUGAACUACAUCAAGAAGCUGGGAGAGUUUCACAUAUUUGUGGUGCAGUGCAGGGAUCUAGCUGUGGCAGACACUAAAAAGAACUGCUCUGAACCGUAUGUAAAAUGUUACCUUCUUCCUGACAAAACAAAGUUGGGAAAAAGAAAAACCACUGUUAAAAAGAGGACUUUAAACCCCACCUACAAUGAAAUCCUCCAGUUCAAAAUCAUAAUGGAAGUGUUGAAAACUCAGAGUUUGAGCAUCUCCGUGUGGCACCACAACACUUUUGGGCGGAACAGUUUCCUAGGAGAGGUGGACCUGGAUUUGUCAGAAUGGGACUUCAGCAACACACAUAUAAAUGAAUUUACGCUAAACGCCAGGGUCUCCUCACAAAGUCCAGCACCAUCUACCUCUCAGCUCCUGGACAGCAGAGCACAGAUGAGAGUCGCUCUGAGAUUCCUGCCACAGACGUCCCACAGUAAGAGACCAUCAAUGACGGAGACUGGUGAGGUGCACAUUUGGGUGAAAGACUGCAAGAAUCUUCCUUCAGUCAGAGGAGUUAUUAUAGACCCGUUUGUGAAAUGCACUGUACUUCCUGACACAAGCCAGAGAAGUCGACAGAAGACGCGGGUGGUAAAGAGGACAGCCAACCCAAUGUUCAACCACACCAUGGUGUAUGACGGCUUCCGACCAGAGGACCUCAGAGAGGCCUGUGUGGAGAUCUCAGUGUGGGAUCACGACCGAAUGGACAACCACUACAUUGGAGGUCUGAGGCUCGGGUUAGGGACAGGGAAGAGUUACGGAGUGGAAGUGAUUUGGAUGGAUUCAACAACAAAUGAAGCACAUUUAUGGCAAAGGAUGCUACAGUCUAACUGUGAAUGGGUGGAGGAUGUUUUACCUCUGAGAAUGUUGAUAAUGGCAAAUAACAUGUAAGAUUAAGAGAAAAUAUGUUGGAAAAUUUAUGGGAGCACGCUGCAUGCCCAUUUUCAAUGGAGGCAUAAACUAUGCGCUAUUGACCCUUUCCCUUUAACGUGUUUUGGUUUGCGAACCAUUUGUAAAUCAGUUUGUUUAGAACCCAGGGUCUUCCACUUAAUUGUCUUCAAUGCCUUGUCAUUAAUAGUUUUUCCAUUCUUAUUAUCGAUGUAACAAUAACACUUAACUUACAUUUCAAUAUAAUUUCCAAUACGGGGUAAGCGAUACGUUUUUCUCACGUUUCCCACUAUGCGAUGAAUGCAUAUUUAACUAACUGUGCAAAACAAUGCAGCUCUUAACAUUGCAAAUGAAAAUAUAUUCUAUGUUAAAUAACAAAAAAUAGAUUAAAUGUGAUUUUUAAAACAAAUCCCACAUCAAAAUAAUGAAUGAAUAAUACAAAUAAAUACAAUCUCUUUUGUUCAAAUAAACAACCUAAAGCCUGAUUACCACCGGGCACGUUACAGCCGCGGAACGUUACAGCAGCGUCUCAGCUGCGGCUCUCCGCGAGCAUAUGCCUGGAUUCCACUGGAUGCAUAACGACUCCGACAGGGGUCUGUCCGCAACGGCUGCGUAUCUACGCAGUCCGUCAACACCCACCGGAUCCAUCUGUGUCGGAGCUGUUGCGGACAGCAGAGUCCCGAGGACGCACGAGAUCUCGCUAAUUCACGCCUAAUCAAUUGAUAUAACUGGAAGAUAAUCAACAUCUCCUCGUUAAUGACUGGAGACAAAUCCAGCGACUCCGUCUUAACGAGCGCUAACGAGGUCGGCCGGCUUGUUAACGAGCCGGCCGACCUCGUUAGCGAACCCGAGGUAUUUUAUUUUGAAAAUAUACCGGUGUUUUAUUUUGUGUCUGUGCAAGACUUCCUGUCCCGAACGAUCUGCCCUGUGCUGAAUUUAUGCGUAGUGCUCCGUCGUCCGACAAAAAUAGAAGCUCUGCGCAAGUGUUGCGAGGGCUGUCGGAUGGCCCUGCGUUGUCGGACUCAUUACACAGCGGAUCUGCAGUCGGUGGAAUCUCACACAUUGAUUAUAAUGGGUGCGUAACGGCUCCGACGACGGAUCUGCAGCCGUUAC